UAAAUUUAAAUCUACGGUAAAUUACCGGCAACCCAGCUGCAAUAACAUUGUAAUUUCUAUGGAUUUUUUUUACAGUGUAUAGUAUUAAAAACUGUAUAAAAAUGUAAACUGAUGUGUCAAGUUUUUAGGUUAAACUCCCCUCCACUUGAGCAAUAGCAGGAAACUGCAGGAUCUCUUUAACCUUAAUAAAAUUAAAUCUUAAUUAGUCUAAAUAAAUUAGUCUUUUUACUUCAUUCUGCUCAAAAACGCUCAAGAUGUGUUUUUGUACAUAUUUCCUGUAUUUUCUGUUUGUAUCUUAAUAAAAUAGAUUGAAAAAUAAAUAUGGAUGGACAUUAAAACUUUCUAAAACAACAAGUCUGGUGGUGGUGCCUAAGACUUUUGCACAGUACUGUAUAUUCUGAAAUUGAACCUAAAAUAAAAAUUAAUGUAGUUUUUUUUUAAUUCCAUAUACAAACGGGGUUUGGAAACUGAAAAAUAUGUAUUAUCUAUGCAACAUGAUGUUAUAAUAUUUAAGAUUUCAAUUUUAUUUCACUAAAGUGCUUUUCCGCAAUAACAUUUGUUUUGUGUUUGAUGAGUAAAUUAACUAAAAAGUGCUCUUUGUCAUUUCUGUUUAAAAUGAUGGGAUUUUUUUCAUAUUUUGCACAUAUUUCCGUGGGGGUAAAGUCAAAAUUUGUAAUUAGCAAUUACAACCCCAGAUAUUUAUACAAUGAUUAAUAAAAGCAUACAGUUAACACUUCAACCCCCCAAACCAAAUCUACAUCCUUGCAAAGCAUCACACUUCCUAAAGCUGACCUGUCUGUAGCCCCGCCCAUCUUCUGCACAUGUCUAACUUCAAUGCCAGAACACAUAAACCUUCUCACAUAAGAUCUCAGACAUCUGUCCUUCUCACAGACUCAACAGGUAUGACAAACUACAUUAUCUGCUUACAAUCUAACAAUCAAAAACAAAUAAAGCAAUGCAAGUUAUCUUUAAAUGUAAAAGAUUGAUAGGAUGAGACUGUCAUUACUGUCGAAUAUUAUUCUCAUAUUGCUUUAAUGCUGCUGAUGUUAUGCGAUUGCAAUUGUUGAAAUUAUUAAAAUAUAAGUCAUGUUUGAUAUAUUAUAAAAAUAAUUGUCCUCUAAUGAUAUUAACUGAUUUAAGUUUGAUUGCUCUAACUAAAAAAGUUUAUUUUAUUAUUUCAUUCCAAAAGUUAAAAUAACACUGUUGAUGAUUAUUUUAAUUAUUGUUUUUAUUGCAUCUAUGUGUCUAUACACCUGUAAACCCCACAUAUCUCUAAAAGUUAUGGAUACAUCCGCUGAGUCUCGGUGGGCAUCAUCCUCGAUGAUGUCAUCAGAUAUGAUCUCCACCUACCCACCCGAAACCAAUUAUCUGAUCCACACUGAGGAGGGCUCAACGUUCCCCUGUACUGAGAGCGAUCACAGCGGUCUGUCUGUGUUCACAAACCCCAUCCAUAACCGUGGCCCUGCGGCUUUUCAACACAGCCCAGUAUAUCCUAUUUAUUCCUCUCCAUUCCUCGGUAACCUCUCCUGGCUGGAAGGUUCAAACAGUCCCUCUCUAACAAACCUCUUCCCAUCACCAUCAUCAUCCUGGCACAACAAUGGCUUCUCCAAGACGGCCUCUUCAUCUCUCCACAUCUCCAAGCUUCCCUCUGCCAAACCAGCUCGUUCUCCACCAUCUCCUGGCCUGGACCACAAGGAGACCUUGGAUCUGAAGACAGAAAGGUCGAGGACUCAUGGAGACGGUGAGGGGUUUGGAGGGACGUACGCUCUUAAUGCUUACAGCGGUCCACACGCACAGUUCAUGGGUCACUGCGGUCCAUAUGGGAGAUUGGCACAGGAUUACAACAGUUCACUCCUAUACACACCCACCCACUUCUCUCCGAAAUUAUGCAGCAAGAUGAGAUUCUCUCCUACAGAUGCUCGAGAGUGUGUGAACUGUGGAGCAACGGCCACCCCUCUUUGGCGACGUGAUGGAACGGGCCACUACCUCUGCAAUGCCUGUGGACUGUACCACAAGAUGAAUGGACAAAACCGACCACUUAUCCGACCCAAAAAGAGACUGGUUGUCAGUAAGCGGACAGGGACUCAGUGUGUUAACUGUCAGACCAGCACCACCACGCUCUGGAGACGCAAUGCCAACGGAGAGCCCGUGUGUAACGCAUGUGGACUCUAUUUUAAAUUGCACAAUGUGAACAGACCGCUGACCAUGAAGAAAGAAGGCAUCCAAACACGCAACCGUAAAGUUUCCAGCAAGAACAGGAAAGAAAAGAAACUGAGCGCCGCGGAGGAGAAUCUGUUUUCAGAUUUUCCUAAAGGUCUCGUCUCUGAUUGCGAUUCAUGUUCGUUGGGGGUUUACGGUCACUCCUCACAUUCACUGACUCAAAAUGCUGCGUACCACAGUCAUGGCACGCUGCCCUACCCGUGCCAUCCAUCCACUGCCAUCUUACCCAACAUGCUGUGAUACAUUAGACACAAAACUUUAUGAAAAGAUGAAAGAACUGUUAUGCGAAAACUCAAAAAAACAUAUAUGUAUAUAUGAAGAGCUCAGAUGCAAAAUCUGCAUCAAAAAGUGCAUUUAGAAUGAUUUUUUGUCAGUUAGCAUUUUUUCAUCAGACUCUUCCGGUUAAAUAAACUGUAUUCCUAAAUGGCCUGAGGGCAAGAUUAAGGGAAUUUGACGUGAAAGUAUUUGAUGAACGCAGUGGCAGCUCGUGACUGCUCAUCCAAGGGGUGCAAAUUCAAAAUAUGUGUUCGGAGUGUCAUGUGUUGCUCGUUUUUUCAAAAUAUGUGUUUGUUGCGUGAUGUGAACCAUGUGCAUCACGUGUUUUGUCAAAAUAAGUGCAUGCUGCACACGCGUCAAAACCGUUUAUGAUAAAAGAGACGCUCACGUUCACAAAAUACUCGCAAGACACUCCCUUAACAGUAAACACUGAUUACGCAUGAGAUUAUGCAAGUAUCUGGCAAACGCGAGCGUCUCUUUUACCAUAAACCCUUUAGACGCAUCUGCAGCAGGCACUUAUUUUGCACAAUCUAUGUGCACCUAUGCACAAUCAUGCACAUAGGUUCACUUGACACGCAGAACAGAUAUUUUGAAAUUACGAACCACACACAUGACUGGCUACAUACAUGUUGUGAUGAACUUCACAUCGUGCGCCCUUGGAAAAAAGAAAACACCGGCCGCCACCGGAUGAACGUAUGAUACGUGUUGAGAGCAUUCGUGUACAAUCAUUAUCUUAUUUCAUGAUGGAGGUGGCAUUUAGCGGCUUUUGCAUCUGACCUUGUUAUUUAUGUGACGACGGGCCAUUGAUUUAUUCGAAAAUAAUGCACGACCAAGGUGAUAAUUCGUCACGACAGUGGAGUGUGCAUUAUUUCCAAAUAAUUCAACGCCCUGUUGUCAAUUAUUCCACUUAUACCAUGGUUACCACAGACAUUGCUCUGAUGGUUAUUUUAAGACAUUUGACCAGUCAGGUGUGCGUUUAUCGAAAAAUUAUGCAUACCCAUGGAACAUUUUUUCCAAAGCAUUUAACAGCCCCUUUGAUUUCUACAUAUAUGUAUAUACCUUUGUUUUUCAGUGUUUGUAGCGAUUCUUUAAUCUUGUUUGUAAUCUUUCUU